CAUGGUCAAUGAUUUAUUUCUCUGUACAAAUUGCAAGCUAUUUUCCAUGUUUUCUUGAAAUGCAGCAAUAUCUACGAGAAGUUGCAUUUUAGCGUUACAAUAGCAUUUGCCACGCGACUGCAGAUGUGAAAACGUGGCAGAUUUUGUGUUGGGACCAAGUACCGCCAUGCUGCAGCGCAGGAAGAGGAAGGCCACCAGCAGAAGAUGGGCUCUUCGGAGCAGCCGACAGCUGAGUUCAUCGCAGCCUUCGGCGCCUGCUUUAACAUACUCCAGGGGUUGUGCCCUUGCCCCGGUCGUGGCAGCCAGCCCUGCCUCCCCAGAGGUCUCCGCUGGACAGGCAGUGAAACAGUGGGCUCCAGUGCUGGGAGUCAGGAUGCUCCUCCUGGCGGUGGGGGGUGUAUGCCAGGGCUGGAGGAGCAGGCUAGCGCAGGUAUGCGCUGGGCUGCUGAAUGCCCUGCUCUACUGGAGAGGCUACACACAGCAGCUGGAGAGCCUUCAGCAGCAAGUGACUGAGAUGAAGAGGGAGAUCAAUGUUCUGCACUGCGCUCUGCAGUUUGCCGGUGAGGCGAGGGCCAUAUGCUGCCGUCACGGGGGCAGUGUGGAGGUGGGAAUGAUGCGGCCUCCUCUGCCCUAUGGGUCAGCUGUGGAUCCCCUCCCUGCUCUGACCCUGCCAGCUCCCCCUCCUCCCCCACCCCCUCCUCCUCCCCCCCUGCCCCCACCCCUACCCGUCCUGCUGCUAAAGAAUCCGCUCCUGUCAAUCAAGAGAAGAGCCACACCCAAGAUUCUAGAGGGCUCUCAGGAGAAGCAAAGCCGUUCUGUCUCAGUCACCUUGAGCGACCUGCAGGCUGUAAAACUGAGAAAAAUAACAGAUCCAAUUAGCCAAAAAAAGACAUCCCCAGCAAAAAAGUCUGCUCCUCUGGUCACUGUGGCAGACCUGCAAAAAGUCCGUCUGCGACGAUCCCUCUGCCAACUGCCCUCCAAACUCUGCCAAAACCUGAACGGAUCACCAAACAAAAGCACACUGAGUCUGCGUUCUCACCUGAAAAAAGUCCAGAUUGACAGAAGCCCAGGAGGGACCCCGCUGGUUGACAAGGAGAACAGGGAGACAGGCACAGGCCUCACCCCACUCAUGACCCAGGCCCUGCGCCGGAAAUUUCAGAGUGCUUUGCCGAGAAGCCCCUCUCCGAAAUCCAGGUCCACCAAGAGCAUCAGUGAACUGAAUAGUGAUUUGGCCUUUUGAAGUCAAACACUUAUGGAUGGCUCUGUCAUCCUGAACCCAAGUGCCUUUGCUUUCUGAGAACAGGAUGCAAGCUUCAAGGGAGGCAUCAUCUUGUUUUUAAGAAAAGCUGGAAUAUUGUUUGCAUGUACUCUUUUUCUCCAGUGUUCAGUCUGCUGCACUCUACUGCUUUCCACCCUUGGUCCAUAGUUCUUCUGUUGUUUUAAGUGUGUCCGUGUCGGAUUUUUAAUGUGGGUGUGUGUGGAUGAGAAGACCUUGGGGCCUGUUUCAAAAGCAGGAUUAAGGAGCUGGAUAACUGCACUGAGUAAAACCUGAAACCCUCUCAAAUCUGGAACAUGGACUAAAGUAAAAAGUGCUGUCCUGCGUUUUAACUCAGUGCAGUUAUCUGGCGAAGUCCAUAACCCUGCUUUGUGAUGCAGGUCCCUGAACAUACAAUUGUUUAUUUGUUUACCAGCUGCAUUUCAUUUUUGUCCUUCGCCUGUUCUGUAUCAGUGGAGAUGCAGAUUAAGAUCUGCUUGAAUAACAUUAACAGACCUUAAGGAGUUCAGUCAUUGUCAGACUAUGCACAUUUCACGUUGGGCAUUUUAAACCUUCCAACAUUAACUGUGCAUUAGGCAACCUACUCUGGGAUACAGGUGGAUACCAAGGGCCUCUUCUCUGUCUUGACUGCGUCAAGAGAGGCCUACGGUGAUUGUGGGUAGGGUGAAGAGAUCUUAAGAUGGGCAGUGACAGACCAGAGCGGAUUUCACAAAGCUGGAUGACGGAGUUAGCUGGAUAACUAUGGGGUAAAACCCGGAACAGCUCUUUUUACUUCAGUUCAUGUUCCAGAUUUGGAAGUGUUUGGGGUUUUACUCCAGUCCUGGUUUGCCCUGAAGGCCCUGUUGCAUUGGGGACACAAAUCAAGGGGUAAAUUAUUUAAAAGAAAAAUGAAAAGAUCGUUGGUGUUCUUGAAAGCACAACCAUGUUACAGUUGCCAAUUCAGAUUUCCAAUGGACUGUAUUAUUUAUUUUCCAUGUUUUCAGAGCACAAGUUAAGCAUACUUUAAAAUUUUAAGUUCUUUCUUAAUUUGUUUGUACUACCUGUGGUUGUAGUAUGCUGCCAUUUGCACAAGGGGUCAGACUCCAUUUGUUCUUUUAAUACUCUGUUUUAAUAUGAAUAUUAUUGAAACAUAAUAAUUGAAAUAAUGUAUGUUAUUGUGUGUGUGGUCUUUAAACUGUAUGAUCUUUCUAAAAUAACCAAAGGUAAAGAUCAUUUUUAUUCUGCUGCUUUGCGAUGUAAUGUCUUUUUGUAACCAAGGCUGUUCUUUUAUUAAAAGGGAAAUCUAAAAUUUGA